AUGUUUGUAGCGGCCGUGUUGGCAUCAAUCAUCGCGAGUCAAGCCAUGAUCUCCGACACGAUCAUCUUCAACAUCAACAUAAGCAUAUGCAGAUACGCGAUACACGAUACACGAUCACCUUCAACACGUGUCAAGCAUAAGCAAACUAUCACUAUGGAGAUACACGAUCAUCUUCAACAUACGGGCAUGGAGGCCUUCUCACGCUCCGCAUGGAAUAUUGAACAGUCUGCAUAUACUUCCAAGCCGAAAAAACCCUUUCACAAUCCUAAAGAAUGUGAGUGGGAUCAUAAAACAAUGCAGGAUGGACAUGGAAUGCAAGAAUUUGUACCCCAAAGAUCUGCAGCAUACAUUGGCCAACACGAUGCGCACAUCGGUGAAAUGACUGUCAGAGAAACUUUAGCAUUUUCUGCUAGAUGCCAGGGUGUUGGCUCUCGAUAUGAAAUGCUGGCAGAGCUGUCAAGGAGAGAGAAAACAGUAAACAUCAAACCAGAUCCUUAUAUAGACAUCCUGAAAUCAGAAUUCAAAAUCCAUUCUCCAGUCACCAAAUUUAAAUUCUACUGCUGCCUUGCCCCUUACCGCUCGAAGGUUGGCUUCGAGUCGCCGCACGCCGACCUCGCAGCUCUCGCUUCCUCGACGCCGGCGGCGGAAGGAAGACGCCGUUCGUUGCAUUUGCAUGCUGUGCUAUCGCCUGCCGCAGUGCCACCGCGGAUUGGGAUUGUGGGAAUAGUCGUAGAGGCUGAAGAGGUUACUGAUUAGAGUUCUGGUCCAUUUGGAUUUUUUGGAAGUUGUGAAAUUGUGAGAAGCGAUAAAUGAGAUAGAUGUAUACAAACCGGGUUGGUUAAAAUUGUAUAUAAUUAACUAGAAACUUAUGAAAUAAUAUAAUGACACCCUUAUGGGCCUCCUCUUUCCGUCCACUCUUCC